AUCACCCCGUACGAGGGCGAGUCGCAGGAGGAGGCCAGCAAGCUGGUCCCGCGGCUCCACGGUCUCACGAGCAACCAGCUCGGGGACGCCGAGGCGAAGGGCCGCGACUCCCCCGCUGGCGUGAUGGCGCAGAUGGUGCGGAGCGCGAAGGUAUCCUCCACCGUGAUCCUCGGGGCAGGGUUCCUGGUUGGCGUCAGCGGCCGAACGGUGGUAGUGACUGGGCCUGCGCCGGACGCGUCGUCGGCAGCUGCCCAGUGA